CAACUCGCGAGCGGAUCCCAGACUCUCUUUCCUCUCGUCGACAGUUCUCGCGCUGACGGUUCAUGGAGGAUCUCAGUGACCUCGCGCUGAUCUUCCCGACCGUCGAGCGAAGUUUACUGGGCGAGCUUCUCGCCUUCAACGGAGGCGACGUCGAACGCACCGCAGCCGCGAUUCUAGACGUCGGGUUUCCUAGCGGCCAAGCGAGUGACCUGGACGACUCAGCAAUGGCCGCUCAGGAGGCGCUGGAUGCAGCGCUGGCGCGCCAGACGCAGCAGCAGUUUGACGAGGAGUUCAUCGCCGCUCAAGAAGGCGCUGCUCAAGAAGGCGCCGCAAACGCAACGAUGCCCUCGCCCAGCGGACGGCAGGACCCGGUUUCCGCCUCGGGCACCGCCGCUGCGAAGGGGAAGCGGAUGAAUUUAAAGCUUGUCGCACUCAAACGCAAGAGCAAGGGCGCGAAGAAGGAGGGGCAGAGGAACAGCCUCCUGCCCCAAGGCUACAUCGGACAGAGCGACCAGAGCGACGCGCCCGGCAGCCCAGCGGCCGGCGCCGACAGCUUCCGCUCUCCGCCGGCGGUGGCGCCGCCGCCAGCGUGGACCAGCUCGCCCAGCAGCGGGUCGAGCAUCACCGCGGAGCAGUACUCGGCGCGCCUCAGCCGCGCGCGCGCGGCGAACCGCGCUUCGCAGAACCGCGCCUCGCUCAGCACGGGGCCGGCGAGUUGAACGCGCAAGGUGGAGAGCGCAACGCAAGCCUGAAAUAAAGGAAGGCACGGCGAGUCAGGCAGCAGUAGCAGGAGCUGUGUGUGUUAUCUUUGAGGGACCUUUUGUGCGAUGCGGCGUAAUUGCUUUGGGAUAUGUGCCUUGGUCGGU